AAUCGUGGGUGUUGUGGCCUGAUCCUCCGCCACACUUUCCAGAGUAAGGAGCAUCGCCUCUUUGGUAGUCGGUUGCCAUGACGGCCCAGGGUAGCCUGGUGGCCAACCGAGGCCGGCGUUUCAAGUGGGCCGUUGAGCUGAGCGGGCCUGGAGGUGGCAGCAGGUGAGGAGCCAGGGAGAAGCUCAGUAUCAGAGCCUUCACCCCGGAACUGCCCCAGAGGAAUGGGACCUCAGCCAACAGGGGCCGAAGUGACCGGGGUGGCGGCCUGGGAGACUCUCUGUAUCCAGUCGGUUACUUGGACAAGCAAGUGCCUGAUACCAGCGUGCAAGAGACAGACCGGAUCCUCGUGGAGAAGGUACAGAGCGCUGCUGGGACAUCGCCUUGGGUCCCCUCAAACAGAUUCCCAUGAACCUCUUCAUCAUGUACAUGGCUGGCAAUACUAUCUCCAUCUUCCCCACUAUGAUGGUGUGUAUGAUGGCUUGGCGACCCAUUCAGGCCCUUAUGGCCAUUUCAGCCACCUUCAAGAUGCUAGAAAGUUCAAGCCAGAAGUUUCUUCAGGGUUUGGUAUAUCUCAUUGGGAACCUCAUGGGUCUGGCAUUGGCUGUUUACAAGUGCCAGUCAAUGGGACUGUUGCCAACACAUGCGUCAGAUUGGUUAGCCUUCAUUGAGCCUCCUGAGAGGAUGGAGUUCAGUGGUGGAGGACUGCUUUUGUGAACCUGAGAAAGUGGCACAUGGUGCCUACAUACUUGGAUCUCACAUACAACCUUCUGUAAUGCCUACGAGCUCCUCCUCAGCACACUAACCCUUAAUAUUAAUACUCAUGCAAAAAGAACCAAAAGCUCUUUUUUCCAUGGUGAGGAAGAGACAAAUCUUAGAAAGACAGCAUAUGAAUCACAAAAGAAACUGUGCCACAACCCUUGACUGAAAAUAAUGUAGAAAACUUUAUUUAUGUUUCCAGUACAGAGCAAAACAACAAAUAAAACCCUAACUCUAUGUAAACAAAAGAACGGUUGCUGCUAAAUCAAGAACCACAGCAGCAUCUUUCAAUAUAAAUUAAAUGGUUGAGAACAAUGUGUAAAAAAAA